GCCUGUGUCUCUGUCUUCACCCUGAGUGCAGAAAGUUGUGUUGGCCCUCAGAGGGCGGGGCUUCUGAUGACUUCACUUCCCACUGAGGAAAAGAUUAACAGACAUGGUCUUCCGUUACCUAGUGCAGGUGAGAAUGAGCCGAGGCAAACACCAGAGCAGAGGAGCUGCGGGGAGGACAACAGGACAAACAUGAACAGCUUCUCCAGGGAUGUCCAGGUCCGGAGCAUGGAGCAGACGGUGAAACAUGCUGAGAAGUACCUGGGUGAGAUCUGCUCGCUGCUGGCCUCCUACACCAGGAAGACAGCCAAGCUCAGAGACAAGGCAGACCUGCUGGUGGCUCAGCUCUAUGACUUCUCCAGCAGAGAGGACCCCGAGCUCCAGAUCGGCCUGAAAAACCUGGCUGAAGACCUGGCCAUGGUGCAGGACUACAGGCAGGCUCAGGUAGAAAGACUGGAGACGAGAGUUGUUGCUCCUCUAAAAGCCUAUGGAGACAUAGUCAAAAAUAAAAGGGUAGAUCUCAAGAAGUUCAGCACUGAUCUGAACAAAGAGCUGAAGGAGUUGCAGAAACUGGAGAAAAUUCGACUGAGGAACCCAGCAGAUCUACAGAGCAUUUCUCAGGCAGAAGUGAAUGCUCAGAAGGCUUCCAACAAAGCCCAGCACAGCAUCAGACAACUGGAGGAGACCAUCACAGACUUCCAGAGACAGAAACUGGAGGAUAUCAAAAUGAUUUUCAAAGACUUCAUCACAGUAGAGAUGCUCUUCCAUGCUAAGGCGCUGGAGGUCUACGCACACACAUACCACAACCUGGAGGCAAUGGACAUUCAGAAGGAUCUGGAGCUGUUCAGUGGACGGAUUAGAAUGCCUGACACUCCAGAUGGGCGCCUGGACACCCCUCUGACUGGCUACUCUUCCCCCCUCAUGAGCCGCUACCCCGGUCCUCCUCUGGCCUCCCCCAGAGGCCAAAGCCUCAGGUCAACGCUACCCUCUACCACAGGCCCAAACCACAGACAACAACACAGCCAGUACCCAGACACAGUCAGGAGGGCUCGCAGCAACUUACAACGCCAGAGAGGCAUGGAGGAUGAAGAGCCGGAUGGGGAAGAAGAGUAUGAAGAAGUAGAUGAGGAAGAAGAGGAGGAGAUUUAUGAAUCAGAGAUAGAAGAGGGUCAGCCCACCAGCAGGCAGUCUUAUGCGGCUCAAUACGCCCAGAUGCGCAGAUGGCAAAAGUAAAAGCCUAUGCACAAAACACACAUAUGCAUAUACACAGACCCAACUCCUUGUACACAAUGCUGUGUCCAUGUAGAUGAUGUGUUUAAUCCAGGCUGAAAUAUACAGUAUAUAGAUAUAUAUGUCAACUGUAGAGCUGUCAUCCAGUCAGCACCUCAUUUCCUUAUUAUUGUCACCAUGUGCAGUCUUUAAAAGUAUGUUUAAACAAUAAUAAUGUAAAACUGAACACACUGAAAAUUUGGUUUUGCUCAAAUAUAUUAGUAAUUGCUCUAUUUGCUUCUAAUCUCGGCUGGAAAGGAGUCAGCACAGCGGAAAAAGGGUUCCCAAAAAAAACCUAGUGGAUCAACGUACUAUGAUAAUUAUGUUUCAUUUUUUAAAAUGACAAGUCUUUCAAGUUGGAGAUGGGAAAGAAAAGUAACCUAUAAUGAUUAAAUGCUGUCUCGCAGGUAGACAACAAUAAAUGCAACAAAUAAUCAUCCAGAGGCCUGUACUACGAAGCAAGAUUUGGCGUUAACGAGGUAACUUCAGGUUCAAC